AUCACACAACUACACACAAUGGGGUUAUCGUCCAAUCUUCCAUUUUCCUUCUUCUUCUUCUUUCUCUUUGCCAUCAUGGCCUAUGCUCAGGACACACAACAAGACUAUGUGAAUGCCCACAACGCAGCAAGAUCGCAAGUGGGUGUUCCAGACAUAGCUUGGGAUGAUACUGUGGCUGCUUAUGCACAGAACUACGCUAGCCAACGCAAGGCUGAUUGCCAACUGGUCCACUCCGGUGGCCAAUACGGGGAGAACAUCGCUUGGAGCUCCAGUGACAUGACCGGCACAGACGCUGUGAAGAUGUGGGUGGACGAGAAGGCAAAUUAUGACUACAAUAGCAACUCGUGCGUUUCUGGGCAGUGUGGGCAUUAUACUCAGGUGGUGUGGAAGAAUUCCAUUCAUGUUGGUUGUGCUAAAGUGAGGUGUGACAAUGGAGGCACUUUCAUUGGCUGCAACUAUGAUCCUCCAGGCAACUAUGAAGGACAAAAACCUUACUAGCUAAUAGCUAGGUUAUGAAGUGUUGUGUUUGUGGUUGGGUUAUGUAUUUGAGCUUAUAAUCUGUCAACUAAUUAAGGGCCCAUAUAUGCCAGUGUGUAAUGAAUAAUAUGUUCGAUCUUAAUGAGAUUUACAAGUCUAUGAUUUUGAUAAA